AUGCCGAAGAGAACAACACACACGUAUUCGAGCGAGGACGCAGCUCCAGAUGGACCUGACUCUGAUAUCUUCGUCUACUACUGCAAGCACUGUGGAUCUCACCUACUCAUAACUGAUACCCAGUUGCAGAAAAUGCCCAAAAGGAAGACUGACAAAGCUUAUGUGUUGGACAAGAGCAAACAUCUUGCAAGGCUUAACAUUGCUGAGGCUGGAAAAGUUGUAUUGAAAAGGGGUGAGGGGAAAAUGGAGAAGCAAUUUCGUAUGAACUGUGUGGGUUGUGGACUCUUUGUUUUCUAUCGCUCGGAAGAAGAUUUGGAAGGUGCGUCUUUCAUUUAUGUUGUUGAUGGUGCUCUAAGCACGGUUGCUGCUGAAACCAACCCACAGGAUGCUCCUGUGCCACCCUGCAUUUCAAACCUAGACGGGGGACUCGUUCAAGUGGCUAUAGAAGUGGAAGACCGUGCACAACGGUCAGCAAUCACAAGAGUGAAUGCUGAUGAUGUUAGAGUUACUGUGGCUGCACCUGCAGCUCGGGGAGAAGCAAACAAUGAACUCUUGGAGUUCAUGGGCAAAGUGUUGGGUCUGAGACUAAGCCAGAUGACUCUUCAGAGAGGGUGGAAUAAUAAAUCAAAACUCCUUGUGGUGGAGGAUUUGUCUGCUAGGCAAGUAUAUGAGAAACUUCUGGAGGCUGUUCAACCUUGA